AUGAUGGUAACUGAGUUCAUCAUACUAGGGUUUGGAGACCUCAAGGAGUUGAGUCCUUUGCUCUUCCUGGUAUUUGGUAUUGUCUAUAUGGUCACCGUUUCUGGAAAUAUUCUCUUGGUGGUGCUAGUGUGCACUCAAAGAAGACUCCAGAUGCCAAUGUACUUUUUUCUGGCAAAUCUUUCAUGCCUGGAGGUCUGUUAUACAUCCAACAUUGUACCCAGAAUGUUGGUGGACUUGUUGAGGGAAAAAAGAGUGAUAUCCAUGGUAGGUUGUAUUAUUCAACUCUAUUUCUUUGGGGCAUUGGGCAGCGCUGAGUGUUAUCUACUGGCUGUGAUGUCAUAUGACCGGUACUUGGCAGUCUGCAGGCCCUUGCAAUAUGCAACAUUAAUGCAUCGAACCCUGUGUGUGGGCCUAGCCAUUGGCUCAUGGUUUAGUGGAUUCACAGUGGCAGCUGCAUUCCAGGCUGCUAUGGUAUCCAGCUUGAACUUUUGUGGUGGCAAUGAGAUUGACCAUUUCUUUUGUGAUUUGAAACCUCUACAGAAGCUCUCCUGCUCUGAUCCCCAUGUGGUCAACCUGGUCUGCAUGAGUCUAACAGCCUUGGUAACCCUAGCUCCCUUUGGGUUAACUCUAGCCUCCUACUGGCAGAUUCUUUCUGUAGUCUUGCAUAUAUCUUCCACGCAAGGUAGGCAGAAAGCAUUCUCUACUUGCUCCUCUCAUCUAGUAGUUGUGACUUUGUUUUAUGGGACCUUAAUCUUAGUCUAUGCUGUACCCUUGGCUGGCCAGGGGUCAUCACUCAAUAAGGCUUUCUCUUUGUUCUAUACAGUUGUAACUCCUAUGUGUAAUCCUUUUAUCUACAGCCUCAAAAACAAUGAUAUCAAAGAGGCUCUGAAUAAAUUGAAGAUUUGA